UGUGCUCCAGGGAACAGGGACAGGAGCAGAGGGAACGGCCUCAGGCGAGCUCAGGGUGGGCACAGCAGGAAUUUCCCCAUGGAAAGGGUGCUCAGGCCUUGGCACUGCCCGGGGAGGGUUGGAGUGCCCAUCCCUGCAGGUGUCACCUGGAGGUGGCACUCAGAGCUCUGGGCUGGGGACGAGGUGGGCAUGGGGCACAGCUGGGACCCCAUGGGCUGGGAGGCUUUUUGCAGCCUUUUGGGAUUUGGGGAUUGUGUGUUUCUGCCCUCGCAGAGGUAGGUAAAGCACUGCCCUCAGCGCUGGGUGCUGCUGGCGGGGCUGCUCCAUCCCUGGGCUCGGGGAAUGCCCGGCUCUGCCGCAGGACUGGCACGCUGCGGUCCAACAGCCGCUCCUUCCCAUUGCAGGGCUCAGCAUGGACUUCCUGACGCUCUUCCUGGUGUACCUGUGCUCCGUGCUCGCCCUCGCUGCCCUGCUGUGCCUCUGCUCGGCAAGGAAGGAGAGCUUCCUCACCAGGAGCAUCACCAGGGCCAGCCAGGUGCUGUCACUGGUGAUCCCCAGGCAGCUGCAGAGGGUGGCACAGCAGGCACUGCACAGGCUCUUCCACACAAGGAGCUGUUUGUUUGUGGUCCUGCACGUGGCCCUGCAGGCUGCAGUGUUUGGGGAGUACACCUGGGAGGUGUUUGUGUACUGCUGGGAGCUGCAGUUCCACCUCCUCCUGCUGCUCCUGCCCUACCUGCUGCUGGCUGGCAACCUGGGCUGCUUCCUGCUCUGCUCCCGGGCCAACCCUGGUACAGUGACGAAAUCCAAUGCUGCAUCCCUGGCUAAGGUCUAUGCCUACGAUGGGGUGUUGUUCCAGAGAGGCCUCGUGUGUCCCACGUGCAGCGUGGAGAAACCAGCCAGGUCCAAGCACUGCAGUGUCUGCAGGACGUGUGUGCAUCGCUUUGACCACCACUGUGUGUGGGUGAACAACUGCAUCGGGGCUGGCAACGCGGGCCUGUUCCUGCUGUACCUGCUGUCCCUGACGGCCACCGCCGGCGCCGUGGCUGCUGUCACAGCUGCCUUCCUCAUCCAGGUGCUGCUGCUCUCCAACAUCAUGCACGGCACCUACCUGGAUGCCCAGGGACAGGAGCAGCCCGUGGAGAUCCCCCUCCUCGUUCAGCACCUUUUCUUGACUUUCCCUAGGAUUGUCUUCAUGCUGGGGUUUGUCAUCCUGCUCACACUGGUCCUGGGGGGAUAUUGCUCCUUCAGUCUGUAUUUGGCCCUCACCAACCAAACCACCAACGAAUGGUGCAAAUCCCGAAGAUCUGGGGGCUCCCCCCAUCUCCCCUCGCAGCCUCGUGACAGACCCCUCGUCUACAAAAACAUUUAUUCCAAAGGGAUCUGGAGGAAUUUAAAGGAAAUCUUUAACCCUCCUACCAUCUUGGAAAGGAAGAAGAAAACAUGAAGAUAUUCUUGUUUCUCUGGGUGUUUUUAAAUGUUUUCUAAGACUUUAUUUCAGCAGUGGGCUUGGCUGCCCCAGGCAGACUGUGGAACAAGAUUACUGCAGAAUUCACUUACUGGUGCCCCAGCAGAGCAUCAUUUGAACUCCCUCCCCCAGUGAGACCCAGGGCCAGCUCAGUCCUGGCCCCUGAACACAGGGGUUUGGGCCAUCUUCCCAAAGUGAAUCUUUCUCUCUGGGAAGGGCUAACACAGAGCUCCUGUGAAUUCUGAGGAAGCAGCAUCGUUUUGUAUCUUUCUUUGGGAAACAAUUAACCCAUGACUGUUAACAAUGACUACAACAGGUUGUGUGUAUUUAGCUGAAAGAAUGAUUUCUGGCAGGAUCUUACCUGCAGAAACUAUGUCCUACUGCAGCUUUGGAGCACUAACUUCAGGGAGGCAAUUAAAGUGUCCCUGUUCACCUCUCCUUCCAGAAAUUCUUCUGUUUGAGUAUAAUAGAAGAGAAAUUGGAAAAAAAAUGUAGUAAGAACUUUAAAUAAUUUUAUUUUUAAAAAUGUAUUUAUUUACAUGCCAAAUCUGUACAAUAUGCAAUUAAAAAUCCAUAUAUGGUUUAAAAAAACCAAAUUCCUAUACAAUAUGGCUUUCCAGCCCCCAGGCUGGCUCUCAGAGCAGCCUGGCUGGCAUUGCAGGGUACAAUGAUGCAUUCAUAGACCAGUACAUAAGGCUACUUGUGCAGGAUACCAAAGAAAAGAGAAAUACUGCAGUACCGUGCCUUGGGAGGCCUGAAGGAGUGAGGUUAAAGGCAUGAGAGUGUUUCAGUGGUGCUCAACACACACCACAACUCCUUAGGUUUGGUUUUCUCAACUUGUUUUAAAUGCAUAUAUUUAAAUAAUCCCGUGUGAGACCCCA